UUGGCCCUUUGCUGGAUUAUCCAGGGACCAGCUCUUCAUUGAGGCUUUCCCUCACUUCCUAGCCUCCUCCCUCUGGGCAGUAGUAUGUGACUCUCCGAGCUCCUAGGACUGUUACCUUGUGUCAACCACAAGGUUCAGGUCUGCACCCCACUCUGGCCACUGGCUCAUCACCCUCUUCAAUGCCCUUGACCAAAAUUCCUGGAAGCAAAGGAAACAACAUGCCACACAGGGUCUGAAGCACCCAAAAACCCAGGUGUAGGGAGAGAGGCCUGAGCUAUGCCCCCACCUUCAUGCCCUGGCUGAAGGCAGCAGUCACGUGUGGGGCCUUCAUUAGACCCUGACAUAUAAGCUGUGGGCUCAGGGUGGCCAGAAACUCUCCAGGCAAGGAUCCAGCAAGCAGAGGUCAUGCUGACUGCAGUGCUGCUGAGCUGGGCCCUGCUGCUGACACUUCCCCCUAUGCAGGAAGCUCAGAGGGGCUUGGCCCCUCUGGAAGGCAUCAGAAGGCCUGACCAGGCCCUGUUCCCAGAGCUUCCAGGCCUGGGCCAGCAGCCUCCACUGAAACGGACAAGCGCAGAACAGUCCAUAGAAGCUCUGCUACAGGAGGCUGAGGCCUUGACAGAGGUACUAGAUCCGGAGGGCCGCGAGCCACGCUCCCCGCGACGCUGUGUAAGGCUGCAGGAGUCCUGUCUGGGACACCAGGUAUCGUGUUGCGACCCAUGUGCCACAUGCUACUGCCGUUUCUUCAACGCCUUCUGCUAUUGCCGCAAGCUGGGUACUGCCACGAUCCCCUGCAGCCGUACCUAG